UGCAUAAUAAUAAGACGCAAAUACGCUAAUUUUAUUUACCUCGAUUCCAAGAACAUAUCGUCGUAAUACUUAUUUUUUUACUUAACCAAAGCGAAUGAGAAAGUGACAGCGGGAUUUUUGAAAUGGAGGGGAAUUUUGCCGACUCCUCUCCGCGCGUGGUGUGGUGGUUUUCUUUUGCACAGCUUUCUUUAAAAUUAAUUAAUUAAUUAGUUAAUUGCUCACUUAAAAAAAUACAAAUUUAUACAUUAUAAUCAAACUAGAAGUUUUUAUAACCAAAGGAAAACUAAAAAGACUGCAAAAUUACGCUGUGAUACCGAAGAGAAUUUAAUAUUUCAAAUCAGUCAUAUUUUUUUACAGUUAUUUAAUUUUAUAUACUGAAAUAAUUCCAUAUUUAAGUAAUUUAGAAUCUUGAUAAGGUAGUAAUUAACUGUGCGUGAGUCGUAUUCAGUUAAAAAUUAAGUUCAAACUUGUUAAAAAAGAGCUUUAUUCAGGGAGAAAGUCUUCUCAACCAGCUUCGAUAGCUCUAAAAAAUCCAAAUUUAAAAGUACUAGUUAUCAAAGAUAAUAUACGUGAUACUUUACAAAACCGAUAAGGCUUAUUUACAUAAUUUAGAAUAAUAGGGUUUUCAUCCAGUUCGGGGAGGUGGUGGUGGUGCUGGCGGGGGUCAUCGAGGUCAUUUUCUUGGUCGUGGAAUCCCAUUCUCCUCAACAAGAACAACAAUGUCGUCAAUGGGCAGCAGCAGCAGCAGCGGUGGUGGUGGUGGAAUGACCUCUUCGACACCCGGCGGUGCGGCACGUGGCGGUGGUGGUGGACCCGUAGUUCCCACCCUGCUACCUCCCUCCUCUAUUAAUCCAAACGCCACCACCAGCAGUGGCGCCGGCGGGUCGACUGGUGGACCUCCUCCCGUCAUCGAGGAGGACGAGACGUGUCGCAAUAAUCCAGCGAAAUGGUACUUUGACAAGGUCGGGAUGGAAAACACGCCGUCGCGAAAGGCGGGCAUUGAUGCCGAGAAGGAACUCAACUAUCGACAAGGCGCUGCUUGUUUUAUACAAGAAAUGGGUCAAAAGUUGAAAGUGAAUCAACUCUGCAACAAUACCGCCAUCGUGUACAUGAACAGAUUCUACAUGUUCCAUUCCUUCACACAUUUCCACCGGAAUACCAUCUCCAUCGCGGCCAUCUUUCUCGCUGCUAAGGUCGAAGAACAACCCCGCAAGCUGGACCACGUCGUUCGAGUCGCGCACUACAUCCAAUUCAGAAAUGAGCCAAUGAUCGACCCAAAAUCUGAGGCAUACACCAACAUGUGCCACGAGCUUGUCAUGAAUGAGAACGUGCUCUUGCAAACACUGGGGUUUGAUUUGGCCGUUGAUCAUCCCCACACCCACAUCAUAAAGUGUUGUCAGCUUGUUCGAGCGAGCAAAGAUCUGGGUCAAGUAUCGUAUCUUCUGGCGACGAAUAUACUGCACUUGACCACGAUGUGUGUCCAAUAUCGACCCACGCUCGUAGCCACUCUGGCAAUCCACGUGGCUUGCAAAUGGUCAGGCUGGCAGAUCCCGCGGUCCAAGGAGGGGAAAGACUGGUGGAAGUAUGUGGACGACCAGUGCACGUACACCGAGCUGGAGGAGUUGACCAAAGAAUAUUUGGACAUUUACAACAAGGCUCCGCCCCGCUUGAAGCUGAAAAUUCAGAGUUUCACCUCCAUGAAGGGCGCCCAAGGUGGGAGUGGGCCUCCCGGUGCUACAGCUGGCGGUAGUGCGGCCGGGAUGUUGCCACCCCUUCCGCCACUCGACAGUUUGGGGAGUGUGUCCUCUUCUGCGGCUGGGUCGGCGGGUUCUGUCACUGGAGGACCACCCGUGCCCCCGCUGCAACUCACGCCGGCGUCUGCUGGAAGGGUGUCGUUAGAUAACAUGGCUGGUGUCGUGGGUGCGGCAGGCAACUCCUCCUCGACGAGUGGUGGUAAUAAUCCGCUCAAGAGGUCGAGAUCGAGGUCACCAUCACCAAAGAGGCAAAGGGUCACGAAACCCGGGGAGGGACAUGGUGGUCAUAAUAUUGGUGCUUCCAGCCUGUCUGGCAGUAGUAGUAGUGGAGGUCAUGGGUCAAGCAACGUCCGCCCGCUAUCUCUACCUCUUCCCCCCGGAGUGCAACAUCCUCAUCGUGGAAUGCAGAAACCACCACCAGGACCUCACAUGGCUCAAGCAUCAUCGAAAGGAGGGCCACCUCCUCCUCCAUCAUCCAAACAACCACCUCCACCACAUCCUUCACUUCCACCAUCUUCAAAACACCACGGCCAACCACCCCAACAACAACAGCAUCACCACUCCUCCUCUUCUAACUUACAUCCUCCUCCACCCAGCGGAGGGAGUGGUCCUCCACCCCAACACCUCCGGAAACCUCCCGUUCCUCCAGGCCAACCUCCUCCUCCUUACUAUCCGGGAAGCGGGUCGUCCUCCAACCCGAGAUCAAAUGCUCAUCCCAACUCUGCCGUCAAGGGCCACCCAUCCGGCCACCAUUCUUCUUCAAACUCUACAUCUUCAAGCAGCAGCUAUCACCACACUGCUGGUGGGGCCGACAUGAAAAACGCGUUUGCUCCCAUUCUCGCCGCAAGCGACCAUCUAAUUCCCCCCGGCAAAGUGGGCUUUCCACCUCAACAACAGCAACCUUCUUCUCGACCUCAUCACGGGACCGGGUCACACUUAAACUCUAAUAAUCCCGUCCCCAAUUCUAGAACGGGGGCUCCUCCUCCACCUCCACCCUCAUCUUCUUCAGCUUAUCCUUUCCCCCACAAGUCAGCCCAUCCUCCUCCUCCACCACCACCAAAGCAACAACAACCCGACCCGUACUUAUCUUCUUCUACUCAACCUCCUUCUUCUCGUCACCCCUCCUCCCACCACAACCAACAGCACCACUCCCACAACUCUUCCCAGAACAACAGUCAAGCCCAAAGUCAAACCACAACCCGAAAUCCCAUCCCAACCCUGCAAUCUUACAACAAUCGUCCCCCAAAGCCAAUCGUGCCACCGAGUUCUAAAGACCAAGCUCCUCCUUCACAUCAAUCCUCCUUGCUAAACAACACGACGAUUCCGACAACCACGCCGCCACCACCGACCAACAAUAACUUUCAUAAGUCGUCAUCUUCUUCAUCUCGACCCUACCCACCUCCCCCGCUCCCUCCCGCUCCCGUCGUUCCCAUCAAGCAGGAGCCGGUCUCCUUCAAUACGAGCGGUAGUGGAGUACCCACCCUCGACCCAUUCGCCUCAUUGUCGGUCACUACCACCAACCACGUCAUAAAAACAGAGCCUCCUCCCACCCCCACUACUCACCACCACCACCACAACAUCGUCUCGGCCGGCCCCGUGACGAUGGACGGUGGUGUCAAAGUGAAAAAAGAGAAGGAGGAAAAACACAAGAAGAAGAAGAAGGAAAAGCACAAGGACAAAGACAAGGAGCGUCACCGCGAUGAAAAGAAGCAUAAAAGGGAUAAGCACAAAGAUAAGGAGAGCAGCAGUGCGAGUGGUGGUGGCGGCGGGGGAGGUGGUGGGGGCACCUCAUUGUCGUCCUCCUCGUCUAAAAAGAAGGACAAAAAGCAUCACCAUCACCACCACAACAGCAGCAGCAGCACCACGUCCAGCACGGCGCCGAAUAAUAAAGUCUCCGUCUCCGUGUUGCACCUUUCUCAAGACAUUUUAAACCCUCCUUCCUCCAUCGACGGGGGACCCCCUUCUUCGUCAUCGUCGUCAUCCCGGCCCACGCCCACCCCGGCGGACAACAACCAUUUAAAAAUUAGGCUCUCCAUCAAAAAACCGGACGGUCACGGGGGUAGUUCCUCCAGUUCGAGGGAUAACAAUACGAAAAAUUCCAAUCUUAGAUCUUAAUCUAAAAAAACCGUAGCACGUUUUUAAUCAAGUUUAGCAACUUUUAUCCAAGUUUUGUUUGUUUGUUUGUUUUUUAUCUUUUUGAUUUAGUCAGUGAGGCAGUCAUGCAUAAGUAUGUUAAAAAUUCGCCGUGUUUUUUUUUGUUUUGGGUCAACUUUUCUUUAAAUUUGGGAGUCGAUCGAUAUUGUAUAUCUUAUCAUUGCUAAGUUAUCACUUACUUAUUUUUAUUGUUCUUAUCGCUACAUGAAAAUCAAUAAUGUUGCGAUAGACUGAAUUUCAAAACCUGUAUAAAAAAACCUUUACACAUUUUUCAAAGCAAUAUAUACUCCUUUCGUUGAAUGUUGAAUAAUUUUUUCGUUCAUUUAUUCCUGUUCAAGUCCCCCCUCCCCCCUUAAAAAAUAGGAUAAAAUAGAAUCUAGGAUACCUUACAAUACAAUAUACACGAUGCUAAAUAAUCGUAUAAUAUUCCACUUAUUUAAUUCUGACUGUUAUAUUACACAAAAGAACUGAUAUCUCUCCAACACCUUAUCCACAAUUUUGUCGUUGUCAUUUGUUUUGUUAGAUAAGAAGACACGUGUGGUUUGGUCUGUGUACCUUGUAUGCCUUAAAAGAAAGAUAACAUGAAUUUGUCCCCUCCUUCACCUUUAUGCUAAUGAGUCACGUGGCCACGCCACGUGGUUGGCGUUAGUGGAUCGAAGUAAUAGUCGUCGUCAUUCUUAUUGUUGUCACGUGCGUGUGGUGUAAAUUUAAUUGUUAAUAUUCAUCACUUAAAUAUUACAAUUAAUUGAUAAGGGUUGUACUAAACUACUUCUCGGGACAAUGUUCCUAACGUAAUUGUUCUUUGAUUUGGGAACAAUUCCUCCCCUGCGGCACUACGUCGGCAAAAAAAGGAUAGGAUGAUGAAAUGCUAUUACAUAUUAUAAGACUAAAAAAAUCAUUGUUUUCUUACACUGUCCACUAAAAAUAUGUAUGUAAAUCGUGCAAAAUCGUGUCGACAAUGGCGCAAUUGUCUUGUCGUCAUUGUCGCCACGAUUUUCACUCCCCCGUGAAGAAAUCAACCUCCACGUGACAUAUACCACGUGGUGGAUUUGAUCCAAAUAAUUAAUAUGUAAAUCACACACGUGGUGCAAAAUCGUGUCGACAAUGGCUCGACAUCAUUGUCGCCACGAUUUUCACUCCCCCUGAAAAAAUCAACCUCCACGUGCCCCCCACGUGGUGGGUCUAAAUAAAUGAAUACUAAUUAAUUUCGAAUUUAACUAUGAUGAAUCAAAAUAUUCUUAGCACUAUUUCCUAUUUGUUAUAUAUUUUACUAUAUUAAUUAUUAUGUUAUAUUUCUGACUACAUAUUACGACACACACGCCACGCGUUGUUGGUCUCUUCUUCUUCUUCUACUACCACGUUGGUAAUAAAUAGUGCUCGUGGUGGUGGUGGUGGUGGUGCCUGGUUUUUCGAACCAGAAAAAUAUUAGACAAAAGCCACGAUACGACAAAAAGGAUGAAAAAUAAUAAUGAAAAAAGAAACAAAAAAACAGUUGAAGACAAAAAGUAUAAAAAAAUGAUUAUUAAUAAUCUCCGAAAUAAAAAAAGAG